CACUCUACAGACUGGAACGCGUCACCAGGACCUCGUAGCAUACACAACCAGAGCGCACAAGAUACUGCACAAAAAAACCCGUCAGUCACGUGUGAUGAAUGUAAUCUAAUGUAUUCUUCUCACUUUGUCAUCAUGAAGACAUUUCAUUGAUUAAUAUUCUGCUCUCACUGGUUAGCUCGUUACUCCCUCGCCCGUUGUUUCGAUAUCUCCGUCGCUUUUACCAAAGCGGCCGAUGGUGUUUUACCCUAAUAACCGCAACGCGUAACACCACCACCUGCACAAUCUAAAAGCUCGUCCGCACGGAUGACUCAGACGGGCCCCUAGUUUACAUUGUCGUCACACUCUACGACGGAGCAUAUUUUUUCCUCAUUCUCAUUCUUACCACGCACAGCUCCACCCAGUUCGUCUUCACGUGUCUAUCCAGCCUAAGAAAUCCACCCUGAACUCAAGAAGCUUGUUAACCCCCCUAACAUAACGAAACCUUCAUUCGUCGCCGGGGUAAAGUUUGCGUAGUUACUCCCACCUCCUUCCAAGCCGUCUGUCUUGCCAGCGUGGAAUAGCAGGCGCAAAUACUCCCCUUUAAUUCGCGGGAGCCCUUCAUCCACCAGCCAGUGGUGUGAACCAACAAACAAAAUCGCACGGCUGUACCGUGAACUUUAAUUCGUGGCCACAGUGACGGCACACACUAUACCGCUACAAAACCCGUGCAAGCAAGCACAGCCGUAUAUAGCCAUGGGUCUCGGCUUGGGGAAGGCGAUUAAGUCCGUGCUGGACAAGGACUUUGACCUGGAAAUCUUCCGCCUGGAGCCACCGGGCGAGCGGACGAUGCCCCCUCAGCUCGCCUUCCUGCUGUCUCAACCUGCCGCGCCGCGUGGCCUUCAGUUCCAGCACGGCUUCAGCAGCACGGACCUCUCCCCGUCCAUGUCCCUCAAGGAGGGAGACGCGCUCACCGUGCACCGCAGGCAGACGCGCGACACGACCGACGCGGCGCGCGGACGCACCGCCUACCGUCGCGGCGUGCACACCUGGGAGAUCACCUGGCCCACCGAGCAGAGGGGCACUCACGCCGCGGUCGGCGUUGCCACGUCGGACGCUCCACUCGAGGUCACGGGCUACGUGGCCCUGGUCGGCCGGGGACGCGAGUCUUGGGGUUGGGACCUGGGGCGCUGCAAGGCGUACCACGACGCCGUCGACUGCCCGGGCCGGCCCUACCCGGCUCACUUGCUGCCCUGCGAGAGCUUCCACGUGCCCGAGCGUGUGGUGAUGGUGUUGGACAUGGAGGAGGGCACGCUGAGCUUCGUGGUGGACGGGAAGUACCUGGGAGUGGCGUUCUCCGGGCUACGCGGCAAGACGCUCUAUCCGGCGGUGAGCGCCGUGUGGGGCAACUGCGAGAUCAAGAUGCGCUACAUCAAUGGGAUUGAGCCUGGGCCCUUGCCACUGGAUGAGCUGUGCCGACGUUCGAUAAGAAACUGUCUUGGAAAUGACCGUCUGGAAGAGAUCAAUGCUCUCGCCCUACCGACUCUCAUCAAGAGAUACCUGCACUACAAUUGAGUCACCUUGGCUCGUACCUUACCGUGCUCCUCUGCAUAUUUUGAGCAGAAAGUCACAAGUUUAGGAGAUCGUCGCAUUUCAUGAAAGCCGUGGCACCGUACCAGACCGUACCUUCGUAGCAUUACGUUUGUGCAGAAGUGCACAUCCAUAAAGAUUAGACUUUGGACAGAAGCCUUGGACAGCUUCAUAAUAUUCGAUAAAGUUAAGCAAUAUGCAUUAUCUUUAAGCAUGAACUUUCCACGAUAUUGUCAAUGUUUUGGUGAAACAAGGAUAAGAAAAGUACCACAUUGUGAAAUGAAAAGCUGUAAAUGUUAUCGUGAAAAAUGUGUUAUUGUGCUGGUCACAAAACUCGACUUACAUAGAGUGCUUGUAUUUAGUAUAUAGUGUAUUUUAUAUUUAUAUACCUGAAGCAGAAAGUUAUUUGUAUUAGAUUGGCGCCUUGGAUACAGACGCUAAAUGUACUUAAAGCGUAGUGGUCGCACAACGCUUUUUUGCUAAAACGUGGUAGUAUUACCCAUUCGGGAACACUUUUCGCACGAUGUGGAACGCACACCGUUAGAACGUGGAACGCGCACCGAUAUAACGCAAAACGUCCUCGUUAUAAUGCGGAACGCGCCCGUUAUAACGCAGGCCGCACCUGUUAUAAUGCGGCACGUGGCCGUUAUAACGUGGAACGUGCACAGAUAUAACGUGGAACACACCCGUUAUUACGCAAAACGCACCACGUUAUUACGCAAAACGCCCCCGUUAAGACACGGAACGCUCGCCUCAACGCAGAACACGCCACAUCUUAAUGCGGUUUAAAACUAUUUUCUUGAGCUGCAUUGGUGAUCGGUACGAUAGAGUACGCGGAGUGAUACAGUAACGCGGUGGCGAAUCCUCACUUCUUUGUUGCACCAUCUCACUGUGUGUGUGUGUACAUCGUAUCUCAUCAAACGUUAUCGUUACAUUAUUUGUGAGAAAAAAAAUUCGCUUAACGUGGCACUUGUCAGGAAUUCAUCUACCGCAUUAAAACGAGGGCUUACUCUAAGCCUUCACACUGGUCAAAUCCUUUCAUACAGUAUCUCAAAAUUGGCUUCAUCUCUCCGAUGCUCCCAUCUGGUGACCCCACUUAAACCUGACAUCUGUUGGCCAAUUUCUCUUCUUCCAGUAAAAUACUGAAGAACAUUGCAGAGAGGAAUAUUUUGACUCCUCUGAUCUCCAGCAAGUAUCUGACAACCAGUUUGAGUUUCACAAGUUUCACUUUACACAUUUCUGCAGGGAGUCCAUCAGUGCGGGGUCAGGUAGCAGGUGCUGUCACCGCGAACCUCAUUCUAUUCUGCGAGGCACACUUCAAAAGUUUGUUUCAAUUCGGGUUUCAGUCGGUACGUUUGAUGCAUUAGCACUUGUCUGGGAAAAAAAAUCCGUGUGGUCACGUCUGAUCAAUUUCUCACUGGGUAUGGCUCAGUGAUUGGUUCUCUGGCCAUUAUUGCUGUACUGCACAGCUGUUCGGGCACAAUGUGUGCUGAAGACAUCACCAUCUAUGCGAGUAUAUCCAUCAAGGCCAUAGCCAUGGAGUCAACAUUGGGGGGGGGACCAAAUCUUCCAGGGGGUCUGGGGGUCCCAACCCAGAAAAUAUAUAAAUUUCAAAACUUAUUUCCUGCCAUUUCCUGCCUAAAAUAUAAAAAAAUUCACUAACACAUGGGAUAGACUUUUUAUUUAUUUUUUACAACAAUGUCUAAUAGUGUAUUGUAUUACAUUGCUCUGUUUUUACUUUUUUACCAUUUCUUGUUGCAUUGUAUGUAAUGUUUGAGAUUAGGGAUUAAUAAAGUACAACCAUAACCACAAUCAUAUGAACAGAAAUCUAUGCAUUGAUUUAUAUGAACACAAGUCCAGAUACUGUGGCCAAGGUUUAGCAAAUUGUUGUUUUAUUUACAUAGCAUAACAAUUAUUAUAACUAAAAAAAAAAUUAUAGCAAUAUAUUGGGGGGGCCAUUUUGAGCAUAUUUGAAUAUUGGGGGGGAUGGUUAAUUCGGGUUAUAUUAUAAUUACGGCCUUGAUAUCCAUCUCAUCUGAGUUGAAUAUAAUGGGAUCAAAAGUGAAGCCAUCUGUUGUAUUGGAUCUCUUACAACAGACUGUAAACUAAAAAAUAAGUUAAUGGCAAUUGUCAAAUACUGAUGCGUAAACAAAUUUGACUCUCUGGAACAGUCGAACUCAUCAUUCUUCAUCAAUUUUCUUUCCAACGCCCAUCAAUGAAACGUCAUGGCAAAGAACAUGUUAACCCAUUACUAAAUAAGUCUGUGUAUUCCAUUUGUCUCCUAUAACAUGCCAAUCGUCUGGGCACUGACGUCCCCGGUGCAUUUCCCUCAUUGACAGUCAUCUCAGCUGCUGUGAUAUGUA